CCGGUGUGAAGUUUCACACCCAAGAGGAUGAAGGGCACCUACCUGGCUUAACAGAACGACUCCCAGAUCAUGUCUACCAUGAACGAAGCAGCCCACCGGCUGUCCAAAAGUGGGACGAGCCUCUAUGCAGUGCUGGAGCUUAAGAAGGGUGCCUCACCUGAAGACGUCAAAAAAUCCUACAGGAAACUGGCCUUGCAGUAUCAUCCCGACAAGAAUCCAGGGAAUACUCAAGCAGCAGAAAUAUUCAAAGAGAUCAACGCAGCUCAUGCCAUACUGAGCGACCCUAAGAAGCGGAAAAUUUACGACCAGCAUGGCUCAUUGGGAAUAUAUCUGUAUGAUCACUUUGGUGAAGAAGGCGUCAGAUACUAUUUUAUUCUGAAUAGUUGUUGGUUCAAGACACUUGUCAUCCUGUGUACACUGCUCACUUGUUGCUGUUUCUGUUGUUGCUGCUGUUUUUGCUGCGGAACACUUAAACCACCACCUGAGCAGGAUAGUGGGAGAAAAUAUCAGCAGAACGUCCAGAGUCAGCCUCCAAGGUCAGGAGCCAAAGGUGAUUUUAGAAGAGAGGAAAAUAGCGAAGAUGAUUUUUUUUUUUUUUUUGAGACGGAAACCCCUAGCAUCAGCCUCAUUCCUAAGCCAAUAACGCCUUUAUGGAGCUGGUCUCACCUUCUGGUGCCCACGGCCAUUGGCAUUGCCAGCCUCAUUCCAUGCCACUAUGAGUCAACUCAGGAAAACUGCGAGUGCAUUUGA